UUGUUCUCUCGCGGUGGGACCGCCUCAGUACGUUCACGCAGAAAGAGACCCGGAGCUCGUUUGGUGGGAGCAGGCGGCCGCAUCCCCCCUCUCUCCAGCUUCCCAAAGGUGCAGAAGGAGCUGGCUCAGACACCCUGCGGUUGGUCGGUCUCCGAUGCCCUUCAGUGAGGAGGGGGCGUCAGAACCCUGGUGAGCGCAUCUCAGGCCCCCCCAACCCAGUGUCUUCGCCGGCCCCCCAGGCCCUCAAACCUCAGUCUGGCUGCCAUGGCUGAAAAUGCAGAGGGGGACCUGAACUCCAACCUGCUCCACGCCCCCUACCACACCGGGGAUCCUCAGCUAGACACGGCCAUCGGGCAGUGGCUCCGUUGGGAUAAGCCAUAUAAAGUUGCAGCAAUCCAUAGGAUUAGAACCUGAACGAAAAUUUUGGAAUCCCAAAACAAAAGAGCAGAUUGAAAAUCUGUUACGGAAUGGAAUGAACAAGGAGCUGCGAGAUCGUCUUUGCUGUCGAAUGACUUUUGGGACUGCAGGACUUCGUUCUGCUAUGGGGGCAGGAUUUUGCUAUAUUAAUGACCUUACAGUAAUUCAGUCAACACAGGGAAUGUACAAAUACCUUGAAAGAUGUUUCUCAGACUUCAAGCAGAGAGGCUUUGUUGUUGGGUAUGACACCCGGGGUCAAGUAACUAGCAGCUGCAGCAGCCAAAGACUUGCUAAACUCACGGCUGCAGUCUUACUGGCCAAAGAUGUUCCUGUGUACCUUUUCUCAAGAUAUGUUCCUACACCUUUUGUACCAUAUGCAGUUCAGGAGCUCAAAGCAGUUGCAGGCGUGAUGAUUACUGCUUCUCACAACCGCAAAGAAGACAAUGGCUACAAGGUUUAUUGGGAGACUGGUGCUCAGAUCACAUCUCCUCAUGAUAAAGAAAUUCUGAAAUGUAUAGAAGAAUGUGUGGAACCUUGGAAUGGUUCCUGGAAUGAUAAUUUAGUGGAUACCAGCCCACUGAAGAGAGAUCCUCUGCAGGACAUUUGCAGAAGAUACAUGGAAGAUCUUAAAAAGAUCUGUUUUCACAGGGAAUUAAACUCAAAGACCCCCUUGAAAUUUGUACAUACAUCUUUUCAUGGGGUUGGACAUGACUAUGUGCAGUUGGCUUUUCAAGUGUUUGGUUUUAAGCCUCCAAUUCCAGUCCCAGAACAGAAAGAUCCUGAUCCAGACUUUUCUACCGUUAAAUGCCCAAAUCCCGAAGAAGGAGAAUCUGUGCUGGAACUUUCUUUGAGACUGGCAGAGAAAGAAAACGCCCGCAUCGUGCUAGCCACAGAUCCUGAUGCGGACCGGCUAGCAGUGGCUGAACUUCAGGAGAAUGGUCAUUGGAAAGUUUUCACAGGGAACGAGCUGGCAGCUUUGUUUGGGUGGUGGAUGUUUGACUGCUGGAAGAAAAAUACAUCAAGAAAUGCUGAUGUGAAGAAUGUUUAUAUGUUAGCCACCACAGUCUCUUCCAAAAUUUUGAAGGCAAUUGCGCUUAAAGAAGGAUUUCAUUUUGAAGAAACAUUACCAGGUUUUAAAUGGAUUGGAAGUAGGAUAAAAGACCUCCUGGAAAAUGGGAAAGAAGUCCUUUUUGCAUUUGAGGAGUCGAUUGGUUUUCUGUGUGGCACUUCGGUUUUGGAUAAAGAUGGGGUGAGUGCAGCCGUAGUUGCUGCCGAGAUGGCAGCUUACCUGGAAACCAUGAAUAUAACAUUGAAACAACAACUGAUUAAGGUUUAUGAAAAAUAUGGUUAUCAUAUUUCAAAAACUUCAUAUUUCUUGUGUUACGAUCCAACUACCAUCAAAAGUAUAUUUGAAAGGCUUCGCAAUUUUGAUUCUCCAAAAGAAUAUCCAAAAUUCUGUGGGACAUUUGCUAUAUUGCACGUACGGGACGUUACCACUGGCCAUGACAGCAGCCAGCCUAAUAAGAAAUCAGUGCUGCCUGUGAGUAAAAACAGCCAAAUGAUUACAUUUACUUUUCAAAAUGGCUGUGUCGCUACUCUUCGGACAAGCGGGACAGAACCAAAGAUAAAGUAUUAUGCAGAGAUGUGUGCACUACCCGAGCAGAGUGACACCGCCUUCCUAGAAGAGGAACUGAGGAAACUCAUUGAGGCUUUGAUUGAGAAUUUUCUCGAGCCCAGUAAAAAUGGACUGACCUGGCGUUCUGUGUAGCGCACACCAGGACGCCAUGACUGCGCCCCGGCACAUGGAACAGAACAACCAGGAGCUCCAUGCGUUGAAGUCGCAUUAGCGUUCUCUCUCUAAAUCUUCUGGCCAAGUAUCUUUGUACUUUUAUUUUCUUUCUUUUGGGGGGGCUGACGAAACAAACUGUAUAAACUCGAAUGGAAAUGGUCUGGAGAGAAAGGAUUCAAAUUUUUUCAUAAUCGUGAACAAACGUCAUUGCAUUAUAAGUAUUGUAGUACCACAUUGUUCUUCCUUUAACAGAAAAAAAAAAACCCAAUACGUAAGUGAGUUUUCUUAUGUGUGAUUAAGCUUAGUUCCAUAUUGUAAUUGUGGAUAGCAUGGUUUUUUUAAAAGGCAGAUGAAUGUUAUAUAGUUGUAGAGUUAGUUAAGGAAAUUAAUCUAUAAAAUUGACAAGAAAAUGGCAUUGCUCCCAGCAUAGUGUGGGAAAGUGUCAUUAUUGCAUCAUAGGUAUUAACUUACGAGUAUUUGAAAUUGGGUAUUAGCAUUUCUAGCUUAGAACAGAUGUUACCAUAUGUGGUUUCAGGUGCUCUUGGUGCAGUGUAAAUUUAUUGUACGUAUUUAAAAUUCUGACGUUUACUGAAUGUGAAACAAUAGUGGCAAUGCUCCUAGUGGCUUUGUUCUUGUCAGAGUUCUUAGUGCCUUCUCAGGGUAUGGUAUGAAUUAAAACAGUGUUCCUGUAUUGAAUAUAAUUUAGUCAGUUAAUUUUCAGCCAGUUAUUUCAGACCAAACUACGUAGGUGCUUCCCCUCCAUAUCAGAUCAAUUUGCCCUUUUAAAAAUCUUAUGAAUGUAAAUAAAAAUCCUAAUAAAAUCAGACUCGAUGUAACUGUGCUUAGGAUCUUCUUUAAGAAUGAAGUGUCAGUAAUCACACCCUUCAGGUAAAGAAAAAAAUCUGAACUGAGAAAGGAGCUCUGAAUUUAUUUAAAAGUCUGACUUUGGAAUUAUAUUUUUAUAAGUAGAUUUAUCCCUUUAUCAGAUGAAGUAAUGCUAAUUUUACUAAGAAAUAAAAUAUCCAGAUUUUAGGUGUUAUGAAACACUAAAACUACAUGAUUUAAAACUAAAGUCCAGUUUAUUCUAACAUCUUGCUGGCUACUGUAGAAUUCCUCAUCUCAAGAGUACUAUUGAUCUUUUUUGAUGUGGAAAAAAGUUUUGUAUAUAUAUAUUUUCCAAGUAGACUCCAUGCCCAGCGUGGAGCCCAAUACUGGGUUUGAACUCAUGACCCUGUGAUCAAGACCUGAGCUGAGAUCAAGAAUCGGAAGCUUAACUGACUGAGCCACUCAGGCGCCCGUCAAUGUGGAAAAAAAUUUUGGAAGGUCACUUUUGGUUGAUUCUCCGGUCUUCUAAAAAAGUCUUAGUAGAAAUGUACUAUUUAAUUUUCUUAAAGCGUAUCCUGUCCUAUACAACUCACAGAAUAUUUAAACACGUCGUAUAGUUAAGAGGUAACAAAAACAAGGCCUUGGGUAUAAUCAUGCUAAACAAAUUGCUAAUGGGACAUAACUGGUUUUAGAGAAUUUAUUUCCUAAAUAAUAAUAAUAGUAAUAUAACAUUUGCACUGAUUAGUAAAUAAUGGCAUGGUUUGUGCAGCUCUAUCAGCUCACAUUUGGUUGAACUCACAUAGAGCAAAUAUAAUUUUCAAAUUAUUGUAUUGCCACUAUUGUUAAUUUGUUCCUUCCUUUCCUGUAGCCAGGUCUCAUAUGACUGCAGGUAAUAGACAGCGAGCGAAGUGUACAGCACCAUACUUCUAAAUGACUUUGUUUUCAGAGGCUUUGUACUGAAGAAGAAAUGUGCAGACUUUUUUGUUUUAUUUACUUUUAGGAAUGUGGAAUGUAAUUUAGGAGAUGGCCUAUGUUCUACCAAGUGGUAUGAACAAUGCUAUAUCUAUGAAAAAUAUGUAUAUUUGGCUUUCGUUUCUGUGUUUCAGUGACCGAAGAACAAAGUGGAGCUAAAAUGAUAUGCUAGCCCACUCAUAAUCACUAAAGCUGUGUCGUGACUGUCAUUCUAUUGUAAGGAGAACAGUUUUGAGUGCUUUAAUGUAAUACAACGUUUAAGUCAUCUUAAGCAAGGUGAAAAGUUAUUAAAGCUUAGAUUCUUAGCUCAAAAAUUUAAAAAUCCAAAGUUAAAAUCAACAAAAUGUUACAAAUUUCCUGAAGUGUAUAGAUUAAGGGAAUUAUCUGAUUCUAGCCAAGCUCUCAAGUCUAUAUUGGCAUGAUAUUUAACAUGAACUUGACACAGUGAUGUACAGUUGCCUCACAGGAUAAAUUUAGUAAUGGGCGCCGACCAGGAAAGACAAGAGUGCUGGACUGUAGGUCUCAGCCUUGGGCUCUGCAUUGUUCAGGUUUUUCUUCAUGAACAACAUCAUGAAAAUGAAUCCAUUCUCAUUCAGUGGGUAGAUUAAAACUGGGCUUUUCUAGAGUUUUGGGGAAAAAGAAUGAACUAGUGGGGCAAGAUCAAAGCAUACACUGAAAAUAAGUAGUAGAAAUAAACACUAGAAAGGUCAACGCGAUGGCACAGGAGAUGUUUCUUGUGAAGGGCGAAUUCAUCUCUCUAAAAGUAGGGAAUAAACUGGCUGUGGGCAAGUUGUUUACCCGUGUGUAUUUGUUACAAUGAUGAGCAGAUAGUGAACCUUCUAUUUUCCUUUAUUAGCACCACUAAAAAGAGGCCACGUGUUAGGAGGUGAGAAAAAGCACCCCUCUUACUGACUUAAUUCCUGCUAGGACGUUGUGUCUUAGGAUCAUAUGGGAGCUAGGGAGGGGAGGACACAGCAGAAAUAAAAAGGAAUACAGCACAGAUUGUGAGAAGUUCAAAGAAUUAAAGCUGUUGAGAUAACUUAAGAUUAUUAGUUGAAUCUUUUAUUAAAGGACUUAAAGUAAGAAGUAAUAGGACAAACCGUUCUCUGUCUUCAGUGAGGACAGAAUAAACGAGAAUGAGGACCUUUUCAAAACAACUAAAUAACAAACUUAAAUAUUAAGGGAUAUACUAAAUGUCUUUUAAAGGUUUCUUCCAAUGCUUUUUUUAAAACUCAGGUUGGAACAAUGUUGAUGUCAUAGAGAGCCCUGAAAGUAACAUUUGAGUUUCGCUCCCUAUCUAGAAGAAUGUAGCUCACAAGAGAGUUUUUGUAUAUGUUGAAUAGUAGAUGCAUGAGUGCAGUCUUUAUUUGCUGCACAGAGACCUGCCUGGAUAUUAUUUUUAAUUUAACCUGGCAAAUUAAGUGAGACUUGAACACCAUUUUGUUCAUCUUGAAGAAUGUGUAGCAUUAUAGGAUAUUUGAGGGUUCUGUUUAAACUGUAUUGUUUUUUGGAUGUAGUAACUUCAGCAGACAGAGAGGUUCUAAGAGAUUGGAUACCUUGGGAAUAUCCUUAUGUAGGAAAUAGGCCUCCUGUUUCUUAAGGAGGUAGCUUCUGGAGUGGACGCGACAGAGAUAUUAGCUGGAGUUUAAUGAAGAAAUUGUUCUAUGAACUGCUGCUACUGGUAUUUCUUUCCGAUGUUUUCCACUGAUGUUUGUGAUGCUUGAAAAAUCCAAAUUUCGCUUGGAUAACUUUAUUUUAUGCCUUUUUCUCUCUACCUCCCUCCUUCCCUAGAUGCCCUCCUACAUUUUGUUACUGUGAAAAGCUAUCGCUCUAUUACCUCACUGAUAAGAAAUCUAAACUGUAUUCAUUCAGAAUGCUUUAAACUGAUUCAUAACCUAGGUUUGUUUUGUUUUUGGUUUUGUUUUUUACUUUUGGUUAUUCUGUUAUUGUGAGAAUAUUUAAGACAUUGUAAGAAGUAAUUUUAAAUCUAUUUCAUAGCCUUUUUUGGUCCAUCUGGAUACUAUAUGUUAAUUUAUUAUGGCCAUUUAUAAUUCACUUGUUUUUUCUGAGAUUGCUCUAGAAACUGAUGAGGAAAGAGUCUUACCAAUCAAAACAGAUGGUCAGUCAAUCUCACAUUUUAUUUCAGGUCUCCUUGUACUUGGGGCAUCCAAAGCACAAAAUCUGAGGAAAUCUUUUUUCGUGUUUGUCCCCCAGAGCAUCUUACCAUAGGCCAUAAGAAGUCCGAGUGGAAGAAGAGAACCUUUCAUUGCAGGACUUGACACGGCAUGACUUUCUUUAGUUCCAGUAGAAAACCAAGUCAGUUUUUACCAUCGGUUACUUUAAAGUAUUAACCAGACCGUUACGUUCAUUAAGCCACCUUUUCUCUUUGUUAGUUCAAGACUAUAUACCUUAAAAAGAGGACUAUAUACCUUAAAAAGAGGACGUAUCAGAAUGAGUAAAGUGACCGAGAUAAGGGCACAUGGCAUAGCUAAGGUUUGCUUCUCCAAUUUUCCCACCAGCAUAACCCGUAAAGCACAGGAGCAGGAUGAAUAUGUGGGGGGAGGGCCCAAGAGCCGACUCCAGAGCAGUCCACUGCUCAUGAAAUUUCGUGUUCUACCAUAAAAAUUUAAGCUGAAUUUGGCAUUCCCCGUAAUAAAACUGUUUCGAUAUAAAAAUGAUGCCUUCAGUCCUCCCGGAAGUCGGUGCUGCUGGAAAGGAGUACCCUGUCGAUCACAGGGCCUCAGUGGUCUCCCCCUCCCCUCCCCAAUUGCUGCCUCUGCCCGGUGGUACACGGACCUUAAGGUGAGAAACAGAAACAUAGAACAGAUCUAGCCUGGUCCCUGCAUUUUAAAAGCUGAACUCUGAAAGUAUUACUGCCAAAUUAAACUGACCUGAAGCAGUUACUAGGGGAUUGUAUUUUAAAGCAGCUAAUAGUUUAAGAAACAAUCAAAAAUGUUAAUUUUACGAUUCAGUUUUUUAAACAAUUCUCAUGACUGAAAUUGAUAAUAAAUCGUCGUCAUUAAGCACGCACACCCCUAAAUACUCAGUUUCUUUCGAGAGAGCAAAGCAUAUCCCUAUUUGGAAAAUUAUAUAUAAUGCCUAGUAUUUAACACUCAAAGCAAGGUGUUGGCCAAACAGGUUCAGAAAGUAUCUAUGUGGACUUCUUAUCAUGGGUAUAGGUGCCAUUUUGAGCCGCCUCGUGCUACCUUCCACGUGAGUCACAACUCAUUUGAUACGAUUUGGUAUAUUUUUGUCCACUGUUAUGAUUCAUCGUGUAUCUCACAAGAGGCACUCAGGCAAGAAUCUGCAUCUGUAUAUAUGGUGAGGCCUUCUUGUUGUAGGCUAAAAUAAACUUUGUAUACGUCACUGAAUAUGCCAGAUAAAAUAUAUGCAGUUAAGAAUGAAUUAUUUUUCUGUGUAGCAGUAGAUCAAAAUUGUGCUCUUGCUUUACCAGUUUUUGUCAACAUUUUCUCAUUUUUUUUCCCGAUGAAAACACCAGGGUGUGUCAUAAGUACGGCCUGUGAGAAUUUGCACUUGAAGUGUUUGUGUGUAGAUUUCUUGUGGUUUUAGCCAAAUGAAGUGUUAUCAGUAAUAAACAGGCCUCUUUAUAGGCA